GAGGAAGAAGAGGAGAGCAAAGGAAGGACGCGAGGGCAGUGGGCAGAAUCAGUUCGCGCCGAAGUAGAAGCUACAGGCCUGCCUGCGUUCCUGUGCGAGUGCCUGGCUGCGUGGCUCGAGUCGAGCUGAGGGGGGAGGCGUCCUGUAGAUGGGGGACUGGGACGGGACUGGACUGCGGUAGAGUGGGCGCUGCUGUGCUGGUAGAGCUGUCACUCUCGCUCGCUCCGGACUCCGGCCUGGGCCUUCUCUGAGACCUGCGACCUGCUUUCUCCUGCCUGUUUCUUCUCUGGAUCGGCGCUUCGCGAGCCACAAACACCGGAGCUCAUGGUCUCAGAUUUGUUGUUCCUGUCUCGCUCCCUCCAGUGAAAGCUCACAGAUCUGCUCCUCUGUCUCUUUCUCUCUCAUUGUGCAAGUGUGACAACACAUCCCCAACUUCCCCUCCCUCCCUGACCCUCCCCCUCCCCUUUCCUCCCUCCCCGUUCUGCCCUUCCUCUCGUCCCCUCGGGCCUUCCCAUUCCCUUCUGUGUAGAGUGCUCCAGCAGCAUCCCCGCACUCCUUCCUCUCUGACCAGGCGAUCUGAGCUCUCGACUCGCGUGCAGACAGGCAGAGUGUCGCGGGGCGGAGACAGAUAGAGAGAGCGAGGCAGGCGAAGAGAGGAAGAGAGCAAGCGAGAGAAGCAGGACAAUGCGUCGAGUGCUCAUGUUUUCGUUCCGAGUCUGUUCUGUACCUGUCUGCGAUCGUUCUCGCUCUGUAACAUGAGCUGCCGAAAACAAGAGCCCGUGGAUUGUGUGGGAAGAGGGAGUCGCCACCCGUCGCCGUUGUGCUGCUGCUGGAGUCUCCUGUGAGUGAUCACUCUGGUGCGGCCGCUUUCUCCUUCUCCUCCUCUUUCCUCUCUCUCCCUCCUCUCUUUUAUUUCUCCGUCCCCGUCGUGGUCCGAUUUGACUCGUCGUUACGUGCACACUUUUACUUCGCAUACAUCGGGCCCGUAUCGCCUUCCUGUCGCUCUGGAUUUGUCGAUCUCACCCUCUGCGGGACUGCAUUGCGUGACAUCGUGCACAGCCGACCGUUCAUGAUCCCUCGUUGUCGGUACAAGCGAGCAUCCGCUUCGGUUUCUUCUGUCCUGCAAUCUUGUUCCAGCAUUAUUCUGGCACUGAACUCAGUAGCGCAUUGAAAUGCACUUGAAAUGCUUCUUGGAUGCCUCGUCGUCUCAGUCACUCCGGAGUCGAGCAUUGUGAGUUAGUCCGUCGCCCUCUUGCAGUCCAAAUCCCAGUUCACAAGUGUAGACAAAAGCGAGAAAAUGCGGGCGCACUUGGGAGCUUCGAAACUGCCAGCAGCAAGAGCAGCAGCCACCGACUCUCUCGUGUAAGCGAGCGACAACGAACGAAAGCGAGCUCUUUGCGUUGCACAUCGUGUCACUAUGUGGCCGCCAGCAUAGUAACCAUACCCAGUGCUUGCUCUCAUGGUGUGAUGGAAACAGGAGCGGAGAUACGCAUCACCGCAAUCAUCACACGCACCAUUUAAGCGCGGGCCCAUCCCGUUUGUGGUUGGGAUCUGAUUGUUGAGGAAGGAGAGGGAGUAGAAGAGAACGGAAGAGAAACAGGCAGGCAGACAAGCAGUGUAUAUCAGAGUAAGGGAAACAGGAGAGAAGUGUGUGAGAGAGAGAGAGAGAAGAGAAGAGAAGAGCGAGCAAUUUGGGAAGCAGAACAGUCGGUAAUCAGUUACUGGGAUAAUCAGAGUCCGCCGAAGCAGUUAUUCUUCAUUUUAUGUUGUUGCCGAGCGCUGAAGAAGCCUUUCAUGCCAUUUGUUGACUACCCGGAAACCUCUUCAUAGACCGCCUCAGUACUGCGACUGCUGCUGCUGCUGCCUCCUCGACUGCACUGCCCUGCGCUCCUGCGGCAUUGCAGAAGCGAACAUGGAAGCCCUCAGAGCCGCAUCAGCUGCUCUGGCCUCGACAUCGACGAGGUCUCAUCACCAUCACCAUCACGCUGGGGGCCAAAUCGACAGCAUCUCUCUGCAGUCACCGAAAUCCAAACGGGUUGGCGGUCCAUUGGCCCUCCUGCACCAGCACCAGCAGCACGACGUUUGCUUCUUUGGGAAAUGUAGGCCGAAGCAACAGAAGUUGAAAGCCAGGUUUCAAGUGCGAGCAGUUGCUGCCAGGGAGUUAGUGAACUUGAAUGGAGCGGCGUCCAAGGUCAAUGGGACGAAGGUCGAAGGGGCAUCCAAGCUCGCAGGAGUCAAGGUCGAGGGAGCCAAAGGUGCGGCCCUGCCGCCCAUUCACCUCGAAGCCAGCCCGGCUCUGAACAAGGUUAUAGCCGCGAUGGCAGCCGCUAUCCUCGAGAUGGACAAGAGGAAAAAGGAGGAGGAGGAGAAAAAUGUCGACACGUUUGGCAGAGGCAAGCUCGUCGAGAACGACUUCGUUUACCGGCAGACGUUCGUCAUUCGAUCCUACGAGGUCGGGUUCGACAGGACUGCGUCCAUCGAGACUCUCACCAACCUCUUUCAGGAAACGGCCUUAAAUCAUGUCGGCAUGUCGGAUUUUGUGGGAGAUGGAAUGGGGACGACACACGCGAUGAUGAGGUCCAGACUUAUAUGGGUCGUCACACGAAUGCAGAUUCAAGUCGAGCGCUAUCCAGUUUGGGGGGAUGUGGUGGAGAUCGACACAUGGGUGGCCGGAGAAGGCAAGAACGGGAUGCGCCGCGACUGGCUCGUCACCGACUACAACACCGGCGAGAUACUGGCUCGUGCCACCAGCACAUGGGUGACCAUGAACCAGGACACACGACGCAUGUCGAAGAUGCCGGACGACGUGCGAGCGGAGAUUUCGCCCUACUUUCUGGACCGGUGGGUGAUGAAGGACGAGCCUUGCCGCAGAAUCAAGAAGCUGAGCGACGAUGCCCCGUACAUCCGUUCGGACUUAGUGCCUCGAUUGAAUGACAUGGACAUGAACCAACAUGUAAACAACGUGAAAUACAUCGGCUGGGUCCUCGAGAGUGUACCGCAAUCGCUGUCGGUGGCGCACGAGUUGACGAGCAUGAUCUUGGAGUAUAAGAGGGAGUGCAGCCCUUCGGACAUCGUGCAGUCGAUGACGAGCCCGGAUCAACAAGCGUCGCCCAUAGCGGCGAGUAGUUUCCGUUCGGAAGAGGCCACUGUAAAGUGCCCACUAUUGGGCAACGGCGCUCUGGAUGGAUCACCGGGGGCGGUGUCGUGUUCUUCGGGAGCGCUGAAGCUGGCCACGCCAGCCGCAGACUCGCAUUCUGGGCCUUUGAACUACACGCACUUGCUGAGAAUGCAAUGUGAUGGGGCUGAGAUUGUGCGAGGAAGAACCGUUUGGAGAUUGAAGCAACGGUAUGUACAAUAGCAGGUCAAAAAGAUCUAUUCCCCCACACAUCAACCCCCAUCAUUACCCUCUCAUCUCAGUCGUCGUCAUCAUCAUCAUCAAUCGUCAAUCAUCAUCUUCAUCAUCAUCUAUCUACAAGUUUGCACAGUGCUGCAUGAUAGAUCGAGAGAGGAGUCGGAAAACAAUUAUCUAUCGUGGUCGGUCCGGUCGUUCGUUGCCUUCAAUCUCGCAUAUAAGUCGAAUCUUGGAGUCCCUACUUAUGAGAUGAGGCGCACUUUCUGUGAAAUGGGUUGCAAUCAGGGUGCCGACCAGGUCCGCAGAUAUUGCUUUGCAAACUCAAUCAAUCGUCAUCAUCAAUUAAUGGGUCUGUUCUCCUCGAGAAUAUAGCUAUCUGCGCUAGCGAUUUUUCUAACAUGUAAAGCUCUUGGCUGUUCCUCCCAGCAGCUCCCAUGGAAAUCCUGUGAAGAUUUUAGCCUCCCCAGAUCUUGGGUCGUAACAUUCUCCGUGAUCAUCACUCACCAUCCCCUCCUUCCCCUAUCUCAUCUCCGCUCCUCUCCGUCUUCACAUCAUGUAGUAGUCCAGGAUCUCAAAGUUGGAAUUUGGAUUGCCAACCUUGGUUGGCGCAGUUCAACUCUCUCUCAAGUCAGUCAUAGACAGACCGACAGACAACAAGUCAAGACAGACAGACAUCAGACAGCUCUUCAGUAUGUAUGAAAAUUGUGUACAGUUCAGAUUGUCAAACACCAGUCCCCCACCUCUUAGAAGAAGUGACAUUUUUCAGCUCUACGCCCUUGAAGUGCCAGCCAGCCAAACAGCCAGACCAAACAGACAGACAGACAGAUCCUGAAAGCUAAGAUUCCCGUGAUGAUGAUCUAUCCAUAAUCUGAUAGACUGACCACAGCUUUUCAGCAGAACGCAGAAAGUAGACGUCUGCAUCAAAGCUCUUUAAUAAGCGUAGAUCGUCUACCUUGUAUCAUUUUUUCCUGGUUUCAUGGAACAUUCUUUUUGGAUUGAGUUGCCCAUAUGGGAUUUGAAGCCAAGGAUUGUACUGGGUACAUCUGGCAUAUCUGUCACCUUGAGCGGUUAUCGCCCAUGCAUGUUGUCAAGAUGAAAUUGAUUCUGAUUAUUCAAUAUGUACAGUUCACAUGCAAGCAAGC